CCGACUAGCCAUCGCUUCUCGCGCCUCUCCGCUGGCAAAGGGGGACGGGCGGGCAGGGGAGGCAACCCUUGCCGGGAAGGUGGAGACCGAAUCGGCACUUCCGAGACUUAGGAACCAAGUUUGACGCGCUGCUCCCUGUGAGAGUUUUGCUUUCUGAGGCGUUUGCGUGCACGGGAGGCGCGGGGCAGGAGAUACUCUUGGAAUAAUUUCACUUCGGCCUCGCUUUCCAUCCACGUUUGAGGGGUUGGCGAGCGCGGGAAAAGAGAAGGGGUGGCAAGAAAGGGGUGCCCGAGGGUGCUUGGGAAGGGGAGUCCGGUAUUGGUAGGCGCGGGAGCCAGUCCUCGUCCCGAGCGUUUCAUUGAUUACCUUCGCUCGCUCCCUACGUUUACACCCAAGUGAGCAAUGUUGGAGGAGGAGGAGAAGGGAGCCUGUUGCGUCGAUUAUUCCCGGCACGCCCGACCGCCCGGGAAAAGACCCGGACAUGCCCUAAAGCUGCCUUGGCCUGAGAGCGGCCGUUCCCUGCGCCGUGGCACGUUCCCCCACCCCCCACCCCCCGUCCUUGCAAAGCCGGGUUGGGGCUGGCUCGCUUGCGCGUUCCCUCGGUCCACUCCCACCCACCCACCCCGGGCCUCCUUCCCUUUCUCUUGGCCAGUAUAUUUUUAGGUCAUUGGAGUGGAGGGGUAGGUAAUCCCCGGGCUCAGGUUCCAAAGGAGGCGGGUUCCGACCGGAGGUGGAGUCACUUUUUCAUUUAAAUCCCCGACUAUAAAAUGGGUUUAAGGAGCAGCGGGAUCUCAUCAGCUGAGGCGCCCAGAGGAGCUGUGGGAGUGAGCGGCGGCGGGGGAGGCGAGCGGGAGGCUCGGGACCACAGCGUGGGUGCCCAGCAGAGCUGCCACUCCUGCCGCGGCGAUGCUACACUCCGUGGGCGCCCAAACCUUGCAAGCGCUCAGCCAGGUGGCCGCCUGCGUGCUCCUCGUGCCCCGCUUCCUGCUGACCGCUGUGAUGCUCUGGCUCCUGGAUUUUCUGUGCAUCCGGAAGAAACUCUUGCUGCCCGCGGCGGCGGCACCUGGUGAGGAGCAAGAGUUGGCGGCCGAGGACGCCGACUCGAGCGACGGGACCUGCCCGCCGGACGACCCUCCGCUCUGCGUGUCCGACUCGAACCGCAUGUUCACGCUGGAGUCGCUCAAAGCCGUGUGGCACGGGCAGAAACUGGACUUUUUCAAGGCGGCGCACGUCGGCGCGACGGCGCCCAACCCGGAGGUCGUCCAGCUGGACGGGCGCACGCGGCUGCGCAUCCUGGACUACGCCCGGGGCAAGAGGCCGCUGAUCCUCAACUUCGGCAGCUGCACCUGACCGCCCUUCAUGGCGCGCCUGCGCGCCUUCGAGCGCCUGGCCACGCGCUUCGUGGACAUCGCCGACUUCUUGCUGGUCUACAUCGAGGAGGCUCACCCUUCCGACGGCUGGGUCAGCUCGGACGCCGCCUACGCCAUCCCCAAGCACCAGUGCUUACAGGACCGGCUGCGCGCAGCUCAGCUGAUGAAGGAAGGCGCGCCGGGCUGCCCGCUGGCCGUGGACACCAUGGACAACGCCUCGAGUGCCGCCUACGGGGCGUACUUCGAGCGCAUCUACAUUAUCCAGGAGCGGAAGGUGAUGUACCAGGGCGGCCGGGGCCCCGAGGGCUACAAGAUCUCCGAACUCAGGCGCUGGCUCGACCAGUACAAGAGCAGCCUCCGGGCCGGGCCCAGCACCGUCAUCGUCCAGGUGUAAGGAAGACUCUCCUCCGGCGGAGGGAAAAGUGGACGGGAAGGAAAGAGGCAGCUCGAACGGCUUGCCUCUACUUUCCCGCCCCUUUCCCUAACUCCCGAGAGGCGCUGUGUGAGUUUUCAUGCGAGACGUUAUUCAAAUCAUGUUGAUUUGCCGAGCAUUUGUUGCUGACAUCCAUUUCCACGUGCAGUUUUGUUUCCCUUUAUUUCCUGAUUGCGUGAGUGAACGAACCGAUCUCUCUCUCUCUCUCUCUUGCGCUGGGGAGAGGGGGGGGGGGAAACGCGCUUCUUUGGAGGGCCUGUUGCUGAGUGUGCGUGCACGUGCGGGCUUCGGGUGUACGUGUGCGCGGGUGUUUCCGAUGGGAACGGGCUUCUGCCGUGCACGUGUGUCUGUCGGAGAGAAGUUUCGCGUGCCCAAGCGGUGCGUGUUCUCUCUUUAUUUCUACUCUCCGCUGUCCUAGCAAAAACCUUGGCUGGGAGUUCUAGCGUUUCGUUAUGAUGACCGGUUUCGAAAUGGUUUUGGAGCGCCAGGAAACCGAGUCUGAAAUUGGGAGAUGCUAGAAUUGCCAGUUUUUUUGUUUUUGAGGACAGCAAAACAAAACAAAAAAGGCCAAAAAUAUAAUUUAAAAAAACACCCCACAAAAGUCUAUUUAUGUGAUUUCUGAGCUGGUGGUAUGUUGAGCUUCUUUUCUCUUUUUUUGUAAAAUACCUGUUUUUUAUGAGCUUUUUAUAACAUUAUUAAUAAAGAUGAUUGAAUAAA